AUGGAAGAGAUUUUAAUCGACAAUUCAAAACAUGAACUAAAUGAAGAAUUAAAAUUAAUUGAAAGUAGAAAUUUAAAUCAAAAUGAUGAAUAUAUAGAAAAAAAAAUAAAACUUUCAGAUUUAAUAGAUGGAAUUUCAAAACCAGCCCACUAUCACCAAAUAAAAUUAAAAAUUUAUAAAUUCAUUAAAAAAUUUGCAGAAAACAAUAAUACUAAUGGUAAUAAAAAAAAUUUAAAACAAGUUUUGAAUUUUAUUGUUCCACCGGAAUCUUUAUUGGCCAGUUGUGACGAUUUUAGAAUAAAUUUUUUAAAUGCACCAAAUGAAGCAAACGAAAUAUUUGACCCUUUAAAGUUAAGAAUAGAGAAGUUUCAAGUUUUAUUAAAUACUUUUUUUAAUGACACACCAAUAGAACCAUUAUUAAAGGAGUUGAUAGAGCAGUAUAGAAUUUUUAUAACAAAUUUGGUAGAGAAGGUCAAUUUGCAAGGAAAAUCAAAAACUUUUAAAAUUUUAGAUGCAAAUCCAUUGAUCCUGGGUGAAAAUUUAAUAUAUAGGGAAAUAUCAUUGGAGAAAGCAUACGAAGUUGCGUCCUAUAAUCCAAACGAAUACGAAUACGAAAGAAAAAAUGAAAAUGGUCUUAGUAUUGGUGGAAAAGUAAAUGGGGUCUAUUAUAAAGUAGACAAUGGCUCCACACUAUUGCGUCCUGCAAGGGAAAAUGCUGUCUUUUCAUUCUACAAAAAUCUAUAUGGCCACGACAAAUAUAUAACAUCAACUCAACUAAUUGUAAUCAGUCAGCUACCCAUUUUACCACCACAAGAUUGUGAAGAAAGAAAGAAUUUAUUUGAAUUAAAAAUGCGUCAUAAUGUUAGAAAUGCAAGGGAAGCUUUUAAAUUUGAACCUGGUCUAGAGCGUAGAAUAGGAAAUGCCCUUUAUCGACAAAGAGCAAUAUACAUUCAAGGAUCUUUGUAUAUUGAAGGUGAAAAUAUGGACCCAUUUUUAAAAAGAGCAGAGAAUGAUCAAUCAUUAUAUGAUUCAAUAAAUAGAGACAGCUUUAGUGGUCAUAUUUUAGCAAGUUUAUUAUUAUUACCAACGGAUUACAAGGCUGAUAAUUUAACAAUUGAAAAAGACACUGGCAAUAUUGUAGGCAUUGACAACGACGGUUGUUUAGAAUCUGAAGAAAUUCAAAGAAUUGUCAGGGAUCCUGUUUGUUCAUAUUUUGUCCGUGUCAAGAAUGUUUUGUAUACUCUACCAUUAAUGGCCGAGGAAGUUUCGAAAACCAUAAGACAACAAUUUAUUUCGCAUCAUCCAAAUCUUUUCUUGUUGAAUUGGUUAAUAGAACAAAUUGAAAAAGAAUCGGUCUAUUACUCUUUCAUCAAAAAAUCAAUUCCCAUCGAAACAGAAAAUAAGAAAAAGGUGUUAGAAAAUACUCUUCAAAAUUUACAUCUACCAUUUGAAUUCAUUCCUGGCUUAAUUACAGAUAUCCUAUCAAGAUUUUUAAAGAUUAAAAGAAUAUUAAAAUCAAAAGGUAUAGUUUCUCAUAUGGAGCUAUUUAAACAAAUUCAUCCAUUUGCGAGCACCUAUUAUGAAGCAUUAUCUAGAGCUGUUAAAGACCCAUUAUCUCAUAUUGAUAGUUUAAACUCUAGCCAAUCUCAAUUUACAGAUGUAUUAAUCAAUAAUUUACCAGAAGAGUUAAACUCAAUGUUGGAACAGCUUUCAAAAAAACAAUUUCUAAAUUUAAACAGUUCUAUUUCAUUAAAAGACACCAUCAAGGAGUUAAUAUUAAACUCAAGCUAUAAUGAUUUUGCCGAAGGUGAAGAUAUUGUCCAAUGGUUUGAAAAAAUAAUGGAAAUCAAAAGUUUCUUAGAAGGUAAAUCAAAUACUAUACACUCCACCGUAGAGGAUAAUUUCUGCACCGAGGAAUUAAAAUGUAACGAGGUACUUAAAUUACACGAGUCAUGGUAUAAAUCAUCCUCAAGUGUUUUGGUAGAGCUAAUUCAAAAUAAUGCAUCCGAUAUCAUUCUAAAAGAGUUUAUAAACAUUUGCAAUCUUUCAAAAGAGGAUUUAAACAAAAUUUCAGAUAAUGAACAUGGUUCUUUGGUUCAUGUGGCUAUCAAUUCAAACACUCCAAAUAUGUUUAAACAAAUUAUCACCCUUUUUUCAUUCGGCGCAGAAAUUGAUGAUACAGAAUCAUCUUGGAUAUCCCCAUUAUGCUUAAGCUGUCAUAGUAAAAACUACGAACUAUUCAAACUAUUAAUUGAUUUAGGUGCCGGUAGCUCCUCAACAUAUGGUCAAGUUCAUAUAGAAAAGAUUAAUUCAUUUUACAAAUCACUCAGCCAAUAUCAAAAAGAUGAACUCAAACCAUACUUAUCAAAACUAUGUUUUGUAAACCCAAAAAUUAUUUGGAAAAUUUUAAUAGAUCAAUUUUUUAUACCAGUUUCUCAAUCACCAUCAACUGUUAAAACCAAUUUAAAAAUUAUUAAAACUGCAUCUGAAGGCGAAAGAAUUAUAAGCCCAGAAUUUUGGAGGGAUAUAUUUAAUACAGACGGUUCACCUAUUAAACCCAAUCCUUUUGGUCUCAGAUCGGUUCCAUUUAUUAAAAAGAAUGGUUUUAGAAUAUAUAUAAAAUUUGAACCUCAACUCCCAGGUACAGAAUAUGCAGUUACUCGUCUUUCCAGUUCUCUUUUUGGGUAUAUUUCGCCCUAUUGUGAAUUAGCCGCUAUCAAUGAUGUACCAGUACUGUUAUCACAAGGUGUCAAGGGCGAACCAUUAAUAAAUUGUUUAAAUGACCCAAAAAAACUUGGUAAUUUGGAUCCAUCAAAUAUUUCAAAAGUUUUAUUAACUGCAAUGUUAAUUAAUCCCGGCGAUGGUAAUUUAGCGAACUAUAUUGUUGCACCAAAUGACUAUAUAAGCAAAAGAGGUAAAAAGGGAAAAUCGUUUGGGAAUGAUUCACCUCAAGUGUAUCGUAUUAUUGCAAUUGAUAAUGAUCAAGCUUUUAUGCCAGCAGUAUCUAAGGAGAUUAAGGGUUCAGGUUUAUCAGGUACCAAGUUAUCAUUACAAGUUGAAACAGUUUUAUUUUUAUUAGAUCAAAUGAACGAUCCUAUUCAUCAAGAUGUUAUUGAUUCAAUCAAAGAUAAAGAUUUAAAUAUUUUGCUCGGUCAUUGGUUAACAAGUUUAAAAAUUCAUCACCAAAAUGCAGUAAGUUUAUUCUCUAAAAUAAAUUACAACUUUAAAGAAAAAACAUCAAAAAGAAAAACUGUAGUCGGUGUAUCUUUUGCACCAGGAAUGAUAAAGCAACUAUUCACAAAGCUUAUGCGUUUACAAACUGAACUAAAUAAAAAAAGAAAAAAACCAAUUACACAUUUAGAACUAUUAGAAGUUCUAGAGCCACUAGUAGCAGCUCGUUACAAACCAAUUCUCAACAAUAAAGAGCUAAACCUUUAUGAUAAAUUUGAAAGAAUCAAACACCUAAACAAAAACGAACAUAUCAAUGGAAUUAUCUCGUUAACAAGCUCAGCCCAUCCAUCAUCUUUUGUUUUAGAAUCAUCAGAUAUCCCAAAUGCAGGAGAUAUUCAAACCCAAUUAUUACUAGGACAAUAUGGCCCUGAUCAAGCAAUAGUCGAGCUUGAGAUGAUUAAAAAUCAACAUACUAAAAUUAAUCAAAUUUUGAAAGAUUUGGGUCAACUUAAAAGUUUACAAGGCGGUAAAAAAAUUUCAUUCUCAGCUUCAUCAUCCCCAAUGCCAAAUAAAAGUGAAAAAAUAAAAAGAGACAAAGAUAUUACAGAAGGUAUACUCGAAGAGCUAUUGAAAGAGGCAAAUUUCUCAAGAUUAACUAUAGCACAAGAAAAGGAUCUACUUGACCACAUUAAAGGAAAGGAUUUAAGAUAUAUAAAUAUUAGACAGAGCAAAGUUUUAAAAUCAACAUUAUUUAAAAACUUUAAACUUUCUUCUAUUGUAAAUAUGGAUUUAACAGAGAGUGAAAUCGAUUCAAUUGCAAACUCUGGUAUUAUUGGAAACCAAGCUGUUGUAAUGCCAUCACUCACCCAUUUAACACUGGACAAUUGUUCCCAAUUAUUUAUGUUAAAAAUCCAAGCCGACAAUCUUAAAGUUUUAAGAGCAGAAAAUUGUUUUCAACUAAAGAUACUUGAAUUAACAGCACCAUUAUUAGAAUCAUUAAAUAUAUCUGGUUCAAUAAUCGAUUCCAAAGUUUUAGAAAAUAUCUCCAAGCUAAGCAAACUUAUAAAAUUAAAUGUUUCAAAUUGUAAAUUCUUUGUAAAAGAAAUAUCAUUCAAUUUCCCACAAUUAGUAAAACUUGUUUCAAGUAAUAUCCCAAAUUUAGAAAAGGUAUCGAUAAACUUACAAAGUGUUGAAAUUAUUGAUUUUGACAAUUGCCCAAAUAUUUAUUCAAUAGUAGGAUAUGCCCCCAGACUAAAGAACCUAAUAUUGAACCCUACAAUUUAUUUAAAGAAUGAUUUAUCAAGUAGUAUAAAUGGAAGUGGAAACCUAUUAAGUACAAGUGGUGGUGCUUUAAAUUCAAAUAUAAAUAAUACCAAUAACUUAAAUAAUAAUAAUAACGUCAACAAUAAUAAUAAUAAUAUACCAUUAACAAAUAUUUUUAAAUCAAAUGUAUGUGGUAUAGAUAAGCACCUUAGUUAUUUUAAAAGAUUAAUUGGUUCAAAUUCAAAAAAUCCUUUAACCUGUAAUGACAACAUAAAGAAUUUAAACUAUGACUAUCAGUUUUGGUAUUUACCAGAAAAGGAAUCAUCUCCUACAACCUCACUUUAUUUAAGAAAUUCAUCAUCAUUAAUUUUAUUCUUUGAUUUAUCAAUGGGUGAAACAAUACAAGAAACAAUUGAAAUUUUCGAUAGAUAUUGCAGUAAAUCAUUUUUAGACAGCAGCAACUCAUUUAGACCCAAAGUUAUUUUAGUAGGGGUCGGGUAUGGAUUGGAAAAUAGGGAAAUUAAUCAAAAAAUUGAAGAUUUCAAGAAGAGAUAUUCAAUUGAUACAUUUAUUUAUUUAGAAAACUGUGGUGAAAAAUGGCAACAAGAGUACAUUAGAGAUUGUUUAUUUGCAAACUUAAGAAAUGAUAGAUUGGAACUUUUAAAAACCCAACACCAUUUCCAGUAUAAUAAGAAUAUCGAAAAGGUUGCCCUUCAUGAUAUAGCUAAACAGAUGAUACAAAAAGAUAUUUUAAUAAUUCAAAUGAUGGAUUUACUAGAAGGUUUAGAUUUUUCAAAUAUGAUCAUUCACUUUGAAGAAAACAUUAAAUCAAUUCAUGAAGUUUUAGAACUACUAAAUCAAUAUAAAAACAUUUUAGAGGAAAACCAACUACAACAAGAGCAAGCAUCAAAAAAAGAUUUCCUCAGGAUAAAAAUUAUUCAGAACAAACAACAAGAUUUCCAAGACAAGCUUGAUAGAUAUCAAGAAGUUAUGAAUAUCUCUAUUAUCUUUAGAAACCUAAAGAGACUUUACUAUUUAGCAUUGAUUAAGGAUUUUAAAAGAAUUACAGAAAAAUUAGAAACAAUUUACCAUGAUUAUCCAUUUACCCAGUUCCAAAAAGACUAUUUCAACGACGAAGAUAUCAUUAAUUUCAGCUUCAAAUCAGACCCAACUCUAUAUAACUCAGUUUCUUCAGGUUUAUCAACCAAUGUUACUUUAUGCAGAAUCACAGUAUCAGGUUUUAUCCAAGUAUUUCAAUGGUAUAUGGUAAAGAAUCCUCAUCUAUUAGAAAUAUCAGUUUUAGAUGAAGUCCAUCCAGCUGAAAAAGACUCAAAUUUGGAAUUCCCAUUCGACAGAACACCAUUAACCUAUGCUAUUGAAUACAAAUCCAACAACAUUAUUCAAUGGUUAAUUAAUAAUGGAUAUAUAACAAAAGGAAUUUUAAAUAUAGCACUUAUUAAAUCUUGUAUUGUUGGAAAUUUAGAUUUUGUUAAAAGCUUUAUUGAAAAUAAAGCAGACAUCAACUGCUGCAUAUCAACACUAGAAAUGACACCAUUAUUAUUUGCAAGUAAAUAUGGUCACACAAAUAUUGUAAGCUAUUUAUUAGAAAUGGGAGUUCAAACAGAUAAAAAAAAUAAAAAUGGAUGGAACUGCAUUCACUAUGCUGCUAAAAAUCAAAAUAGGGAUAUUAUUGAUUUGGUAUUAAAGAAAUCUCCAAAUAUUAUAAACUCACUUACAAAUCUUGGCGAAUCUCCUUUAUAUUUAGCUACUCAAAAAAGUAUCAUUAUAAAUGAUUUUAUCGUAAAAAUUAGGUUUUUUUUAAAAAUAUCUUGUAAUUUUUUGUAUGCAGUUAUGCAUUAA